AUGGACCCUAAGGAAAUGGCUGACUCUUCUGGAUCACCCCCUGAGAUGUCCGUUCCCGGAAAGACCAGCACCGGGGGUACCACAUACGUCACCCUUCCAGAUCCCAGAGAGACACGUUCGGCUCAGGUCUCCUCAUCCCGCCCGGUGAAGGAGCUCAGAACCACGGACGCCCAUGCAAGAACAGAGUCCACCCGCCCAGCUACUCACCCUGAAAGCCCUAAAAUCCCAAGGACACCCGGUCCCGCCAGCCCAGCCACAAGACCUCGCACCAGCACGGACACAGUUGAACACUCCACCCAAUCCCAGGGCACAGACCUGGCAGAAAAAUCCCCUGGAUUCGGGACACAGUCAACCCCAGGACCAGCAUCUGUAGCAGCCUCUGCCUCCUCUGGAAGCAGAACAUGGGAACUGACCUCUGAUGCCUCAGGUGAGUCCUUGACGCCGACAACCAUUAAGGAGAACACAGUCACUUCUUGGCUGUGGGCUCUCACUUCGGCUCUCCCCGUGGCCACAGGGCUGAGUACCCGCUCAACAGAGGACACGGCCUCAGCUGCCCCUGACAUCUCAAGUCCAAGUUCAUCCAAGACAACGUUUGCUACCCAGAGGUAUCAAAGCCUGGGAGACAAGAAGCAGCACCGAUGUGUCUGCAUCCAGACUUCCAGGCCCCCCCAGCCCGGAAGCCAGGCAGAGCUCAUCUCCACCCCGCCCCGUUACUCCUCCAUCGACAGAGCCCAUGUCCCCAGCAGCACUCACCGCUUUGACAUCCAAGAAGGGGCUCACACCAUCAGAGGCAGCAAGACCGGUCGGCGCCAUGUCUCAAGAUCCCACCGCCUCAACCUGGAUCUCUUCCUCAGCAUUUACCAACAUUCUGGCACAGACCAGCCACACUUCUUCCAAGACUAG